CAACCUCCGGAAUCCGUAAUGUCCCUCGACUUUGGCAGCGUUGCGUUGCCAUCUCAACAUGAAGAGGACGAAUAUGAUCCGGAGGAUUACGCUAGGGAGCAGGAGCUGCACAGGCUGCUGACAGACCUCCCUGAUGACAUGCUGGAGGACAGCAGGGACUGCUCCUCCCCAGAGUUGGAUUAUUCUCCACACAUCGAGGAUGACCACGUCCCUGACCAUGAGCAUGACCGUGACACUGCGAGUAGACCUCUGCACAGAUGGGAGCAGCAGGCUGACUGGGCAGGACUGCAGGGAGUCGAUGCCUUGGAGGAGAACUAUGAGGAUAGCUACAAUCGGAAAGAGUGCACAUAUGAAAACGGGACAGAGCACAUCGACCACCUCCAAGGCCACCUGCACGCCCACACAGGCCAGAAAUAUGCGAACAGCAAUGGGGGCUACACGUACCCCAGUCUGGACAAAGAGGAGUCUGCCAUCAGCAGGGGCUUCUCCCCUGAGGAUGACUACCAGCACAACCCAUACCAAGUCCACCCUGGGGCAGAGUACCACCAGCCUGCAGGUCAGGAGGAGGACCUGGACUAUGGUGAACAAACCGAUACCAGACAGCCGUUUCAGAAUUUUGAAAGUGACAGAGCAGGGGAGAGCGUGCCAGACCACUACCAGGCUCAGUACCAACCCUACCCACCCAGCAGCCAGCCCAGGAUGUUUAACCCUGAAGCACCUCGUCAUGAUGGCCAUUUCAAUCAGCUUCAGAGACAGUUCCUAGACUCGGCUCAGAGUUCAGCAGAGAACCAGCAGAUGGCACAGCUGCAGAUUCUGAAUAAGGCUCAGUCACGGCAGAUUGAGGAGCUGGAGCAGAAGCUGGACAAUUGUAGGCGCAAGACGAGAUACUUUGAGCACCAGCUCGCUAUAAUGAAAGAUGAGAAGGAGGGUCUGGCAGUGUCUCUCAGGGAGUCCAGCCGUGUGGUUGAGGAGUCCAAGGAGCAUGAGGCCCAGCUGCAGGGGAAGAUUUCAGCCCUGGAGCUGCAGGUCCAAACCCUCAUUGACAGGGAGCACGAGAGCGUGAGGAAGCAGAGGGUGGCUGAAGCGACAGUGGAUAGUGUGAAGCAACAGAUGGCGGAGCUGUGUCGCUCAGAUGCGCUGUCUCGUGCUCGAGAACAGCACAACCGUGACCUGGCAGCGAUCCGCGAGCAGCACGAGAGUCGAGUGCUGGCCCUGCAGCAGAAACUGGACUCCAACGCACAGGCCCUGGAGGAACAGACUGAGUUGUGUCAGAAGCUGCGGGAGCAGGUGAAGAAGUUAGAGCUUGAAAGAGAGGAAGAGAAGCUGGAGAGGGCUGGAAUCAUCAACACUCUGACACAGCGCCUGGAGGAGAGCCAGCAGCAGUGCACAAAGUUGCUCCAGACAGGGACUGUACAGGAGAUGAACCAGAUGCGCAUUCAGCUACAGCAGGCACAGAGCCUGAAGAACAUCAGUGACAAUAUGAAUAAAUCCCUGCGGGAAGAACUUGCUGACCUGCAGGAGCAGAUUACUUUGUAUGAGUCCGGGGUCAAAUUCGGAGUGAUUUCACUGGACUUUAGUGGAGAGUUGGAGAACCAGCUGUCAGAUUCCUACGUUGCACUGGGAAUCAAGACGGCAAAAUGGCACAAUGGCAGAAUUCACAGUGGCCCCCUGCCAGCAGCGGCAGAUGGGAACUUGUUGAAGGACGAACUGGUUGCCGAGCUGAAGGGGGAGCUGCAGAGGUUCCUUGGCAGCUUGAAGGGGAAGCGGCAGAAGAUUUCCCAGCUGCAGGAGGACCUCUGCCAGACCCGUGCCGAGGCCCAGGAGCUACGGACACAGCUGGACAGGGCCGAGAGGAACGUACGGGACUUGAAGUUAAGGGAUAGCAGUCUGGAGAAGCAAAUGGAGGCAUCUGGUGCAGAGGGGUCUCCACAGGAGGAGCUCCAAAGGCUUCAGAAGGAGCGGCAGCAGCUCAAGGACUGUGUGGAGAAACUGGAAAAGCAGAAUGUGGAGCUGAGGCUGAGUGAGGAGAGGGUAAAAGCAGCCAACCUGGAGCUCUGCACCAAGAUGAGGGAAAUGAUCCAGGAGUUUGACGAGGAGAAGCAGGAGGCUGCAGAGAGGUAUGAGAGGACACAGCAGCAGUACCGGGAUGACGUGGUGAACCACGUGCGGGAGGAGCUGUCCCAUGAGCAUGCUGCACAACUGGAGGAGCUGACAGCAGAGCACCAGCUCAAGACCCAGCAGCUAGAGUCACAGCUGGCAGAGGUCAGCAAGGAGAUCCUGGGUGUGCAGGAGUGCUACAUUGCAGUCUGCCGAGAAAAGGACGUGCUGGAGGAGAACCUGCGUUCCAGACUGGAGGAGGAAAGAAAAUACAGGGAGGAGGAACUGAUGAGUCGAAUGUGCGGGGAGACAAGGAAAGCCUUGCAGGAGCUGAAAGCAGAUCUGGAGAAGCAGCAUGAGACCUCCCUCACCGCAGCCAGGGCCCGGUGGGCUGAGGAAAAGGAGGUGGAGUUUCAGGAGCAAGUCCAGGCCCAGCUGGCUUUGGCCAAGACUAGCUGGCAGGAGGAGCACGGCAAGGCAAUGCAGGUCGCACUGAAGCAGGUGGAGGAGAAGUGGGCCCAGCGGCUGGAGGAGGCACAGGGGGGGGAGACACAGGAGAAAUCCUCGCAGACGGAUGGGGCGAGCACGCGGGGCUGCUACAUGGAGGAGCUGGAAGCACAGCUAGCCUCUCAGAGGACGGAGCUGCAGCAGGAGGCAGAUAAGGCCAAGGCACACCUGCGGCAUGAGCUGCAGGACAAACACCUCAAGGAUGUUGAGCGAAAGGUUGAAAGCGCAGUGUCAAACGCCAAGAGCCAAUGGCUGCAGGAGAUGACAUCCCUCCCCCAGUACAAAGCCAGCCUCCAGGCAGAGAGAGAAGCAUGGGCCAAACAGCAGGAUCAGGCCUUGAGCCAGCAGCAGGUCUCCAUGGUGCUGACGGAAGCUGAGGAGCAGUGGCGGCAGAUGCACCUGCAGAAGCUGGAGGAACUGGAGUCGGAGUUUGGGGCCAGGCAAGCGGAGCUGCAGGAAGAGUUGCAGUUCCUGCAGAGGCAGCUGGAGCAGCGGCAGGAGGAGGAGGCAGCCCUGCUGAAGGUGGAGCUGGCCCGUGCCCGGGCUUCCUGGGGCCAGGAGAAGCAGGAGGAGGCAGCCCGCGCCCAGGCACAGAAUGAGCGUGACUACCGCGCCUUCCUGGAUGAGCACCGGGGGAAGCUGGAGCAUGCCCUGGCACUUGCCAGGGAGGAGGCAGAGCUCCAGCGAGGUGAGCUGCUCUUGCAGAAGGAGGCAGACUUCCAGCGGCUGCUGAGGGCCAGGGAGGAGGAAUGGAGUGCGCAGCAUGAGAAGGAGAUUCAGGUUGAGAGGGAGAAGGCUCUGGCUGAGGUGCGAGCUGCCCUCGCAGAGCUCCAGGACUACCUCCUCAAAGCUCCGGACAUGCAGGGAUGGCAUAGCAGCACUCAGACUUUCAGUUUAGGGGGAGAGGGGGAGUUCAAGACCUGUGUACUGGCCGGGUGCCGAGACCUGAUCUCCAAGGCAGUGACCCAGGCCCAACAGGAUGGGAAAAGGAACAGUCAGGGGAAGCUGUUUUGGGUGUCGAAGGAGACCCAGGAUUCCUGGGAGGGAGAUGCAAGCCAGCCUCAUGGGUCCCUGAGUGAGAAGAAGGGUGGUCCCUGCAGUAGGAGCUGUGCUGAGAGGGUGUCCAGAUUGCAGAAACAGUGUCAGGACCUGCAGAGGCACCUGGAGAAGGCCUGUCGCCAGCUGCAGCAGACUGUGCGGGACAACAAGGCCAGCAUGCAGCACCUCAGAGAGGAACAUGAAGUGGCCAUUCAAAAGGAGAAGGAGGAAAGCCAGAGGAAACUGGAUGAAGUUCAAAGGUCCAGCCAGGAGACCUCUAUGGCUUGCGGAGAUAGCCAACAGUGCCUUCAGGCUGGCCUAGCGGAAAUGAAGGAACAGUACAUGAGAGCUGUGGGAAAGAUCAGAGGUGACAUGCUGCAGUACCUCCAUGAGAGCAAGGAGAGGGCAGCGAACAUGAUCCGGAGAGAGGUGCUGCGGGAGCGGCAAGACACAGCCCGCAGGAUGCGCCAGUACUACCUCAGCUGCCUACAGGAGCUGCUGGAGGACGGGGGCAAGAGCCAGGGGGCAGAGAAGAAAAUCAUCAACGCAGCAAGAAAGCUGGCAGCUAUGGCCAAAGUGCUGGAGACACCAGUAUCCAAGAGGAAAGAGGGAAAGAGUCGCGCCAUUCACAGUAGAUCAAAGGCUGAGCCAGCCACUGCUGCUGACAGGCCUGUCAAAACUGUAAAGUCCACACCAGACCAGAGCCAGUCAAGUGGGUGUGAGGUUUCUCAGAGGAACCAAUCAGAGAGGAGUUGGGAAUCCACCGACAGUGAUGACCGACCUGGAACAGGGGCUUCUGAGUAUGACCCUAGGAGAGGUCCGAUGGGGGUCACGACCAUGGGCGACAUGCUGCAUCAGGAUUCGAAGUUCAAGACGUGGAAAACACAAGAGGACGCAGGCUCCAAAACCCUGUCCACCCAUGCACAUCUCCUGCAGGGCUCCCCUGGUGGCAGGCCUGGUUGCCUCCCCUCACUGCACAGUGCCACCGAACACAUCACCUGCAAUGUCAUGGCAGCCAACAUAACCAUGAGAACUGAGAGCAGGGAGCUUUUCCUUAAAGGAGGGGACUCUGACCAGUUGGAAGCCUGCUACACCACUGAUUUCACCAGCAAGCCAUUCCUCAUUGAGGAGGCCCCUGUCAGGGACGAAGGCGGUCAGAGCAGCUGGAGUCUGGUCAGUGUUGGAAGAGGCCUUGACAGCAAUUUCCCCAGCACAGAGCUGGUGAAAACAUUCCCAAAACGCAUCCCUCCAGCAACCUCCAUUUUGGACACAGAUGAGGACAACGACCUGCAUAGUUUCAGGAUCCCCGCUGUUGCUAAUCCUGACUUUAAUAUCUACAAGGAAAUUUCAAAAGCAGCAUCCAACUCUAAGGCAAAACCUAGCCCUGCCCCCAGCAGCACUGGAACUGCUGGGCACAGAGAACCCACUCCAGGCUCAGAGGGGGACAGACUGUGCCAGUUCUACUCCAAGAGUCUGUUCUCUAAACUCCAAACCUGUCAGCAAGACAGUGGCUUUAACAGCCCUCUGUCACUCCUGCACAAGUAAAGCACUUCUCUGAUGAAGGCCUGGCACCAGUUGUGUGUGUGUGUGUGUGUGUGUGUGUAUGUGGGUGGAGCGUGCGUACUUGAGUGCUGUUGCAUAGGGCAUGGGUUUCACUUUUCAGAGCAGCCUUAGGGACGAUUCAGUCUGACAUCUGUGUGUGUGCCUUUUUUGAAUCAAAUGCAGUGGAUGUUUGUUCAUGUUUGAUUUUAUUUAAUCUGUGGUUUUAAAGAUUUUUUUUAUUUGAUGCAGUUGUCUAAAUUUUAUACCCAGGCAUAAUA